AUGCCAUCUGAGCACUCUGGCACGAAAAACUCCAGUUGUGCCAUCAUGACUUUCCAGCCAACCCUGGAGGAAUUUUCAAAUUUUAACAAAUACAUUGCUUACAUGGAGUCUCAAGGCGCCCACAGGGCUGGACUAGCCAAGGUCAUUCCACCCAAGGGAUGGAGGGCCAGACAGUCCUAUGACAAUAUCAGUGACAUGUUAAUAGCCACCCCCCUGCAGCAGGUGGUGUCUGGAGGGGCAGGUGUGUUCACUCAAUACCAUAAAAAGAAGAAGGCCAUGACAGUAGGGCAGUACCGCCACCUGGCAAACAGUGAAAAGCAUCGCACUCCAGCACACCUGAAUUAUGAAGAUUUGGAGAGAAAGUACUGGAAGAAUCGCCUCUAUGAUUCACCAAUUUAUGGUGCUGACGUCAACGGGUCUUUAUUUGAUGAAAGCACUAGAGAGUGGAACCUUGGGCACCUGGGGACCAUUCAGGACCUGCUGGAGCAGGAAUGUGGUGUCGUCAUCGAGGGGGUCAACACACCUUACCUGUACUUUGGCAUGUGGAAGACCACCUUCGCGUGGCACACGGAGGACAUGGACCUGUACAGCAUCAACUAUGUGCACUUUGGGGAGCCCAAGACCUGGUACGCGGUGCCCCCCGAGCACGGGCAGCGCCUGGAGCGCCUGGCCAGGGAGCUGUUCCCGGGCAGCGCCCAGAUCUGCGAGGCCUUCCUGCGGCACAAGGUGGCCCUCAUCUCUCCCACGGUGCUCAGGGAGAAUGGCGUCCCCUUCAGCCGCGCGACGCAGGAGGCCGGAGAGUUCGUGGUGACUUUUCCCUAUGGCUACCACGCUGGCUUCAACCAUGGCUUCAACUGCGCCGAGGCCAUCAACUUCGCCACCCCGCGCUGGAUCGAUUAUGGCAAAGUGGCCUCUCAGUGCAGCUGCGGGGAGGCCAGGGUCAGCUUCUCCAUGGACGCGUUCGUGCGCAUCCUGCAGCCCGAGCGCUAUGAGCUGUGGAGACGCGGGCAGGACCGAAUGGGGCAGGAACUGAAUAGAGGGCAGAAUCGGGCCAGGAGAGCCCAGCAGAGGGCAGGACCUGGCUAG